AUGGAUAAACAGUUCGCUAUCAAGAUGGAAAACAUCAAGAAUACCACCCUUUCGAAUUUUUUCACAUCGCCGUGGGCAUCUUUAAAUGAAACGUCUUUCGAUUGGCAAAUAUCAGACUUCGACAAACGAGCGCAAGGAAUACCAGCGACAUUUCGAUUAGAAAAGCUCUUGAUGAUCAGUCUUCUGGUUGUUCAAUGUGCUCUCCUUCAUCCUAAAUUCAAAGAUUCCUCCUCUGCUCGACUCACCCGACUUUCUUUGGGCCCACUGAUCAUUGGAUGGGCGGUGCUUUAUCCCUUCCGUCUGCCGGUCGUCCCAUUCAAAGAACGAGAGGUCCUGGAUGGAUUUCUGGCCGUAAUGAUGGUUUUUAAAUCAAUCGAAUGGACUUUCGCUGCAGGGCCAUACCACAUGCGUGGUUUGAAAACUGGCAAGGGUGGCCCGGUUUGGGAGAAAGACUCGGCAGCCAAGCCUUCUCUUGAAGACCCAGAGUCAGGUUUGGGUGAUUUGGCCUUGUGGACGGCAUUGCUCUUUACCUCUCAGCGUGGAUUGAGAUGGUCCUGGGGACCGGUGGGUAAAGGCAAUGAAAGUUCCUUCAUGCAAGCACUCUUGGAAUUGGCCCGGCUUCAAAUGAUUCUCCUCCCAUGUUUAGGAUUCGUGCUCUACUCUCAAGAUUUCACCACAUACACAUCCGACCCACGAAGCGCACUUGUUAGAUUAGGCAUGCCUUCGUUUCGAGGUCUUGGGCUCUUAGCAUGCGCCUUCCAUUCGGCCUGCACGAUGCUUGUAGUCAGCUGCUCACUGGAGAUGUUCACCGCGGUCCCAGUGCUCUUGACUUAUCCCUUCUACCCAAUCGCCAAACAAAGCGGCCUUUCACCCAAGCUGUACGAGCUGCUCAACCCAGCUAAUUAUCCUCCUCAGUUUGGCCCCCUGUUCGAUUGCUCUUCAUUGGCCAAUUUCUGGGGCAAGUCUUGGCACCAGAAGUGUCGCCGUGCCUUUCUCUUCUGUGGCGGCAAGCCGGCAAUGGCUCUGGCUAAGGCCUUCGGUGGAUCGAAGAAUGUUCAGAAAGCUUGCGGCGCGAUGGGCGUCUUUGCGCUCAGUGGCCUUCUCCAUGAAUAUCCCUUGUACGCUUACCAACGCGAGCCCCAUCCAUAUCCUCGACAACUAUUCAAGACCUUCCCUGCAAGUUUCCUGUUCUUCUUUGUCCAAUCAUUCGGCGUGAUUCUCGAGCCAUUUAUCAUCCCCUACAUCCCCAAAAGGUUGGGCGGGCCGAAGCUUUGGACGAUUUCCUUCUUAUUCCUCACCGCUCCACUCUUCACGAAAGACGCAUGUCGUCCAGCUGGACUGUUCGACCAAUACCGCCGUCCUGAACAAUGGACCUGGCUUGACUUCCUCAUCCCUCCUCCCCUUGCUAUCAAACUUUUAGCUCACAAAUAACUAGUCCUUCCCAUAGUCUGUCGUCCAUCAUCAAUUGUAUUCCUCCUCCUCACUUCCAUUCGGGAUUGUGCAGGGCCCAUCCAACUCAUUGUCGCCCUGUCAACUGCUGAGUGUAACAUAUCAAGUAGCACAUUUUAUUGUAAUAUGAUGGAUAGAUGAACAAAGUAAGCAAUUGAUACAAUGAAAAUCGAAAACACGAGAUCCU